GUGUGGAUAGCUUGGAGAUAGACAUGGAUAAGCAAAAGGUGACAGUGAGUGGGUAUUUGGAUAAAAGGAGGGUUCUUAAACAAGUUAGAAGAAGUGGCAGAAAGGCUGAGUUUUGGCCAUUUCCAUAUGAUGCUGAGUACUAUCCCUACGCGGCUCAGUAUUUGGAUGAAUCAAAUUUCACUUCUUCCUAUAAUUACUACAUGCAUGGACAAAAUGAGAGCGUUCAUGGAUACUUCCCUGCCCUUCCUUUUCCCACUACCAUUGAUGAUAAGAUUACUUACAGUUUCAGCGAAGAAAAUGUUCAUGCAUGCACCAUUAUGUGA